AUGUGGUUUCCAAGUGUUUUAUCUAUUUUUUACCUCUGCUUAUUAUUACCUGUUCAUGGUAAAAUUUUAAAAGCAGAGGUAGUCUCAUCACAGUCUUUCAUCCGAAAAGAGCUUAGAGGUUUAAAUGAGCUUCUAGGACUACAAUUCACUGUUUUCGGAAGUUUGUUUGAGUUAGCUCUUCAUCGUUGUGAACCUCCCAUACAAGCUAAUUGUGUUCUAAAAUAUUCUCAGAAUAACGCUGAAAACGUGGUUCGGGUCCAUGAAUUGGGUAUUGCUGAUUACGUAGGUAAAGUCAUAGGAGAUAACAGAUCCCGUGUGAAUCUAAUGGACUCAUUAAAGCUAUAUUAUGGAACAAUUCAAUCUGAAAAAGGAAAUAUUAUCUUCCGACCAGUUUUGCCCAGUGAUGCUCACUCCAACCAAGGUGACAUCCUAUUUAUGCUGGUCGAUGAGCCUGUGAAUAUAGCUCCUGAAGUUCUUUCCCCAAUAAGAACAAAUCAUACUUCAUGUAAACGGAGUGUACCCUUCAUUUCCUCACGUGAAACACACGAAAAUAAAAGCGUUGUUGAACCUCAUAAACUAAACCGAUGUAAUGUGCGCAUAGUGGUUGACAGUAACUACGCGAAGGACCGAGAUCUCACAGCGGUUUAUAGCUACGUUAACACUAUGAUGGAGAAAGUGAACGAGAUUUUCACGAGAACUGACUUCGACGAAGGUUAUUCUGACAACGAUCUAAAUGAAAAGAACAGAGGAAGAUAUGUUGGGAUGGGGAUGCAAGUCAUUUCUAUCGAUAUUCUGAAGGAUAACCACAGCAAUAAUAAAUCCUUUGAAUAUUCUGGAGAUAUUCUGUGGAACAUGUCGGAUCUACGCGAUAGCUUCGUGCUGAGCUCUUACUGUAACAACACGUGUAUCUGCCAUUUGAUCACUGGCAAGAUGUUCAUAGACAGUCAACACUUGGGAGUAUCCGAUACGGCUAGUCCAAAUACUGGUAUAUGCAACAACAGGAAUGCAGUUGUCACUCGUGCCGCUGAUAAUUUUUCUGAUUACAACUCUUUGAAGAGCUAUUUGGUUGCUGCUCAUGAAUACGCACACUUAUGGGGCUCUGAUCAUGAUGAUUUUAGUGAAAUAGAUUCCUUGCUAAGAAGUUAUCAAGUAAACGGUUACAAGGAUAGUCAUUACACUUUCUCCCCCGAUUCGAAAAAAAACAUAAGUGAUAACAUAAGUGAUAUCGAAAAUAACGGGGGCUGCUUUGUGGAGCGUUCAAAGAAUAUUUGUGGCAAUGGUUAUGUGGAAAAAUCCGAAGAAUGUGAUAGCGGGGAUAAAAUCAAUGACGCAUGUUGUAUGCCGAAUUGUACUUUCGCAGCUAAUGCUAGAUGUUCACCUCUGAACCAUGCUUGUUGCACUGAAGAUUGUAAAUUACAUAAUACAUCCCGCAAGUGUUAUGAUUCCGUUCCUGAGCUAUGCGAAGACAACACAUACUGCAAUGGUUUCCAUGCAAAUUGCCCACCGACGGAAAAGUUGCACAAUACUACUUGCUAUGGAAAUGGAACGUGUAUGAAUGGUACCUGCAUCUCCUUCUGCGAAAUGAAUAAAAAGCAAGAUUGCACUUGUACAGGAAAAAAUGUAUGUCUUCGGUGUUGUAGAGAUAAAGAUGGCGUUUGCUCUCCUGAAGCGGAUUUACUUCGAUCCGAUCACGAGAAUUGUGGAAUGAAUAUGAUCUGCAUGGAAGGAGCAUGCGUUUUAGUACCAAAAGCACAUUUUCCAAACAUCGGAGGAUACUCUUGGACAGUCUUCUCGUUCUUGAUGUUCAUUGUAGUGACGUGUAUUUUCAUUCUUUCUUCCUUUUUAGUAUAUACAUAUGAUAAAGAACAAAUGAAGAAACCAGAGCCAGCUGUUCGAUAUUCUCCUCCUGCGGUUGCUGAUUCUACUUAA